CUUCCGCUUUUUAAAGGCGUUCGUUUCCGGAAGCUGCUCGACUGAUUAUUUAUUUAUUUUAUUUUUAUCCAUGAGAGCGAGGCAAGUGUGCGUGAGUCUAACUGAAAAGAGCGGUUUUAAAUCGUGAUUGUGUCACAGUGAAAUAACGAUAUGGUUUUGUUUUUGUUUUAUACAUUCUACUCGUUAUGUUUCGCUCCAGUAGAACACACAUCCAUCUAUCCAUCUAUCUGUAUGCUCGUGUGGAUAUGCACUUUCAUUGUGCAGAAUUCAUAUAUAGUUACAUGCUAUAUCUCUAAUAAAAGUAUUUUGCAUACCUUCCAACAGUCCUCGAUUUAGAGGGACUGUCCUAAUAUCAGGGUUUUGUUUUGCUCUUGCAGGUUGUCAUGGCAGGAUUUACAUGAAUAAAUAGUAGGCAGAUCAUUCUUGCAGGGUUACUACUUCAACCUUCAUAACCAUUAGAUGAGAAAAAAUCGUCACCCGAGACCCACUUUUGAAAAUGUUAAUUUUUUGAGACCUACUUGCUUUUAAUGCGUAUUUUCAAAAUGAAUAAACUUGGCAUACCAUAGCAAUCAGCUUUAGAGGCAUUUUUACUCCGGCAUGUACAGGUUUUAUGGUGUCUUGGAGCGUUACAGGGUCAAAUAUAGUGCUUGCGAUUAAAUUCUCUCCACUUUCUGCCUAUGUUGUCAGGCAUGUCAAUCAAAUUUUAAUUAAUCAAAUCACAUAAUUAUGUUAAAAGACUACUUAAAUAUACAUGUAGAAUUUUAAUAUAUAUGCAUUUAUAGGUACUUAAAUUCUACGUGUAUACUAUUGUAAUCUUUUAUGUAAUUAUAUGUAUUUAUAUAUAUUUACGGUUAUUUGUAUUUUAUAUAUAAUUAGAUAUAUGUCAUUCUAAGUGUAUUUUGUUACCAAUAUAUUGGUGUAUUUUGUUACCAAUAUAAUAUAUAUAUUAAUAACAAAAUGCAGUUAGAAUGAAAUUAAAUGUGAAUAUAUAAUUUAUAUUAAAUUAUGUUUCAAUAUUAUUUAUUUUAUUAUUUAUUAUUGUAAUUAUACGUAUAUAUAUAUAUAUAUAUAUAUAUAUAUAUAAUUAUAUAUGUAACAUCAUUCUAAGUGUAUUUUAAUACUAAUAUAUGUACUUAUAUUAAUAUUAAAAUACACUUUGUAUGAUGUUACAUAUAAAUUAUUUUAUUUUAAAACAUGUUUAAUUUAUUUUUCAUUUCCCACCAGCAGUGGAAAGAGGGAAGUGCUCAUGCCAUUGUACAGAACACUGGUGAGACCUCACUUGGAGUAUUGUACACAGUACUGGAGACCAUAUCUUCAGAAGGAUAUUGAUACCUUAGAGAGGGUUCAGAGAAGGGCUACUAAACUGGUUCAUGGAUUGCGGGAUAAAACUUACCAGGAAAGGUUAAAGGAUCUUAACAUGUAUAGCUUGGAGGAAAGACGAGACAGGGGGGAUAUGAUAGAAACAUUUAAAUAUAUAAAGGGAAUCAACACAGUAAAGGAGGAGACUAUAUUUAAAAGAAGAAAAACUACCACAACAAGAGGAAAUAGUCUUAAAUUAGAGGGACAAAGGUUUAAAAAUAAUAUCAGGAAGUAUUACUUUACUGAGAGGGUAGUGGAUGCAUGGAAUAGCUUUCCAGCUGAAGUGGUAGAGGUUAACACAGUAAAGGAGUUUAAGCAUGCGUGGGAUAGGCAUAACUAUAAGAUAAGACUAGGGACUAAUGAAAGUAUUUAGAAAAUUGGGCAGACUAGAUGGGCCGAAUGGUUUUUAUCUGCCGUCACAUUCUAUGUUUCUGAUAUUUCAGACAGUCCCCCUGCUGGCAGAUCCACAGCCAGCUAUAGGGGGCCAUGUGAUCGCUCUUUGAGAGCGAUCACAUGGCCCCUGGGGGCCUCAUUUGCAAGGGGAGGGCUGUCAGGCAGCCCUCAGAAGAGGAUUGCGGCGGAGGUGAGUAAAUCCUGGCUCCUGGGGCUGAAAGCGGGACGGCAUAGAACGGCGUUAAGGGGUUAAAUACAGGUGUGAUUUUUGUGUGUAGUGUUGGUAUUUGAUUGGAUAGGUGUUUGAAUAUAAUUUUAGUGUUUUUAAUACAGGGCUGUGUUUGUUGCGUUUAACUGCAGUGCAUGUGUAAAAAAAAUAAAAAAAAAAUAAAAAAUUGUUUGGAAUCUAGGAGCCAGUCAUUUUCAACAAAAAAAUGCAAUUCUUAAAGGGACACUUUAGUCACCAGAACCACUACAGCUUGAUGUAGUUGUUCUGGUGUCUAUAGCCUGUCCCUGGAGUCUAUAGCCUGUCCCUUGCACGCACACACUCUGACAGACUUACACACACAUAAGCGUUAACACACACAUUCUGAGAGGCUUGCACAUACAUACAUACAGACACUGACAGGCACACACACACAUUUUUGUUUGAAUUGAAACCCACUCAGCCUCCCUACCUUUGGGAUAGCUGAGUGGGUCUUUCCUGGGGUCCAGUGGGUCAUCCUGUAGCUCCUCUCUGCUCCCUCGCGCUGUGUAAUGAUGCUGGGGCCAGAAUGACGUCAUCUUCCGGCUCCCAGCAUCAUUACACAGCGCGAGGGAGCAGAGAGGAGCUACAGAGUACUGCUCCCUUGCGCGCUGUCCACAAUGCUACAGCGGGCGGCCGCCUACCUCCAUGCUCCCUAGUGCGGCCGCCUACCUCCAUGCUCCCUAGGGCGGCCGCCUACCUCCAUGCUCCCUAGGGCGGCCGCCUACCUCCAUGCUCCCGCGGGCAGCCGCCUAUCUUCAUGCUCCCCCCUCUAAUAUUAUCUGUGACGGCCGCACUAAUUAGAGAGCUGGCACAUCCUAUAUACCAGAGCGAAAUUUUUAGUGGCCGUGGCGACCAGGCACCUGGGAUUUGUCGAGCACUGAUUGUGUGUUUGAAUGUAAGCAUGUUUUUGUUUGAAUGCAGGUGUGAAUUUGUGUGUAGUGUAUACACUUCCAAACACACAUACCCAGACUAACACAGCAAUACACCCAGACAAACACAAUGACACAUAAUUACACAGACAGGAGCUGAGGGUGACAGUGUGGGAAGGAGCAUAGUAUGUGGGAGAUGAGGGUGAUCGCCAUUAAAAUACUUUUUUUGUGCAGUCCCGGGUGAUCCAGUGGUCUCUUCUCCUUUGUGUUCUUUGUUUAAAUUUUUUGGAUCUUUUAGCAGCACACUAUGCAUUUCCUCUGGAAAUGCAUAGUUACUUACACAUUUCUUUUAAACCUGGCACAAUUCUGGUCUAUGAAUAAGUCUCUUUUCAAAUGGCUGGUUAAAUUUGUGACUUUUGAUAAAUAUAAUUGUGACAGAUUCAUCUGUAUUGCUGGUUCGUCUGUUUCCCUUUGUUCGCUGGAUUUCCUGUUCAUAUACCCCCGUUCGUGUAAAUUGCAAACUACCGAUUGAAACUACCGAACGAACGACCACCCAGGAGAGGAGUGUGCUGCUGGUUAACCUCUUGGCCCCAAUUAGAGCGUUGUGGUUAACCGCAGACACCUCUCCAUUCCAUUCGUACGGGUGGUCGUCGUUCGCAUGUCGACCACGAGGCAGCGGCCAUUUUGGGACAUACGAACGCAUAGCGGUGUUCGGUACAAACUGUAUGGAACUAAAAACGGACACUUAAACUACCGAACACCGCUGGAAGCUGCUGCCUACCUUGCAUUUCGACAAGGCAUGCGAACGUCGGUCGUUCGGGAGUUUUUAUUCAUUCGUAUGGACUUUCACCCAGACAGCCAUCCCAUGGAGCCAUUCGUAUACCGAAGGACUGGUGAAAGACUUUGACUCCAUGGCGAUUCGACUAGAUACAUCGGAUCUGAGCGCUAUUCUGUGAAAACAUGCAUUCAGAUCCAGGCUGUCUGGGGAUGCGUUACACGAACUAUAUGCAUUCGGUAUUUCUUCAGUUAUGUAUUUUAAUGUAUUUUUAUUACUGUAAGUUAAAAUGGCGAUUGUCUCUACCUUGGGAGAUAAUUAGGUUUCUUCCUAAUUAUCUCCGGGGUAGAGAAGACGGAUUUAUGGGUAAGAGGGGAAGGGCUAUUAUUGAAGCCACUGCGAUUGGCUACUGUCCAAUAUGUUUUACAAUCUUCCACAAGGUCCCCUCGGGGAGUGUCCACCUUGUGGAGACCUGCAUAAAUACCGGGCAGGUAGCCCCCAUUAAACAGAUCUUCAUUUGACCCUCAAGACGAGCUUGGUCUCGUUUGUGGGGGAAUUAUUACUGGGACAGCGCUUUCGUUAUUUCUAGCUGUUUGAAGGCGUUCGACUGUUUUGCUGAUCGGGAGUUGCCGUGUUCGUGAACUUCGUUCGGGAGUUUGGCGGUCGGCUGGAUUUAAACUGCAUUUCUGGAGAAGGGGAUUAUUCACUAAACGGCGGCUUCAUCUACCCGACGGUACGUGUCGUAACAAUAAUAAAUAUACCAUAAGACAAUGUAGGCACUACUUAGUCUUGUGUGCAAAGACCAGGUUAGUUUAAAGUAAAACUCCAAGCACAAUAACCACUAUUACGAACAAAUACGCAUAGUUAAAAACAUAUACCACCGGGGGCGCCACAAUCACAAACAUGUGAAUAUAUUUACCACGUUAUAUUCAUGGGUAUACAUAUAAGGAGAUAAAAACAAAAAUAUAUAUGGUGAAGUAUUUAAUAACAAGCAAAACAAAAUGAUAAAAACAAAUGCACUCACAAAUGUAGUUGCACAACAAGAACAUAUGUCUUAAUUGUGCUGAAAAGGCUUGUCAGCCCUUUCCUGGGCUAAAGUCCCCUCUUGUAGUAGGAUCCCGGUUUUCAAAAGUUCCAAUAACUUCCAGUGAUGAUUUACUCGAGGCUGGAUAAGAUCCAAAGAUACUAGGGACACUGGCAAACUUUUGACCGCUCGGCGCGUUUCGUCCGAUCGACUUUUUCAAGAGCUGUGUGUCUCUGUUCUUCCGACUUUUUAAAUAAUCAAGUUCGCGCUGCUUUCAGUACUGCGCGCAUGUGCAUUGCGGUAAAAAUUUACCGCGCAUGCUCGCACAUCCAGCUUGAAACGCAGAACAACUUUAUUGAUACUUUAUGCCGACAGACACAUUUCCGUACCGGACCACUUGGUCUUACGGAAUAAUAUGUGGGCACUUCAAACUUGUGCAUCAUACAUGAUCUAAUGUCCAUACAUAGAAUACUGGCAAACCAUCUUUCUUAAGGAAACCAAAACAUUUUAAAAGCAAGAUAAAAAACAUUUUAAGUGCAUCACAUUUUAGAAUUCUACUGUUAGAGAUGAGAAAUUAAACAUACUAUAGAAAGGAAGAUUGAGCAUACUAUAGAAAAAAUAUGUAAUAGAGACAUAAUAUUACGUUUUAUACAAUGUUGCAAUACUUUAUUUGUACAUAACAGACUAUAUAGAAAACUGGUAUUUGUAUAUAACAAACUGUAUAAAUAACUGAUAAUUAUUUUAUUCGGAUUAGAGACCUGGCGAAGACAUCAUUAGAUUCUGUUAAAAUAAUUCAUAAAUCAAUGAGAGAUUAGUUCAUUAAAAAUUAAAAAUUAAUUCAUUAAAAAAAAUCAUAAAUUAUUAAUAAAAAUUAUAAGUAAAAAAUUAUUAAUAAAAAAUAGUAAAAAUUGGUGCAAGUUAAUACCAAUUCUGUGGAAACAAGAAAAAUGUAUAAUAUAAUAAUAAAACAACCAAUUAAUAAAGGGGACUUCUAAAAACUCAAAUUCUUUAUAAAUAAUUUAUAAAAUUCAGUCCAUAAACACCAAUAAGUCCUAAUAUAGAGAGACAAACAUAUAAAAAUGACGAUAGAAGAAAGAUUGAAAAACCAUCUAGGGUUCAGUGGAAUACCCCAAUUAAAUCUGGGAGAACGAAAUAUGAAAAUCCCAUAGUUAGGAGAAAGGACAAAUCAAAAUUUAUGGAGACAGAUAGGACAAAAGAUAGUGUAAGAACUACACAGAAAGAUUUUUUAGGAAGAGGACAAAGGAACCAAGUUUUGAGAAGUCCAACAAUAAAAAAUCAUUGGCAUCAGAGGAACAGAUUUACCCCUCUAAGUUCGGCUCAAACCCCACCCAAAAAGAGAAAACUCCUAGGAGCCGUAGGAGGAUUAGGGGAAAUGGAGGAGGGAGAAACGUCAGACUAUUGAAAGAGUCAGAAGAGAAUAAAAACUAUGAUAGUCUAGAAGGUAUCUUUAAUCUUUCUAAAUACAAAUUGAAUAAAGCUGAAGCCAGCAUUUUAGAUAGACUGAAAUUUGCCCCACAAAAAGGCCCAAACCAAUUUGAACUAUUUUAUUGAUGCUCAGAAAUUUUUGAGGAAACUGACUAUCAAACGUUUCUUUGAGAAAAAGAAAGGAGAGGAUGAGGGACUUGGCGAUAACAGUGAGACAGAAAUUAUAGAAUCUAUAUCCCCACAGAUUUUAUAUUCAGGUCAUAAAUCGAAGUUUUUUCCAACUUGGGAAAAGGGAGAUUUCAUCCCGGUUUUUAGUGAUAUGGUUCUAAAUGAAUUCGAGACAAUAACAAAGAAUAAUGGAAAGGAGAACCUCACUAAAAAAGAAAAAAAUGCUUUAAAACAACUUAAAGAAAACCACGAACUUGUUAUAAAACAGGCAGAUAAAGGGGGGGUAUAGUUAUUCUAAAUCGUGAUGAUUAUUUGAAAGAAUCGUAUAGAAUUUUAAAUGAUAGAGACACAUACAUUAUUUUAAAAUCUAAUCCUAUGGAAACAUAUAAGAAAUAGCUUUUUAAAUUACUGUCAGAAAGUUUUAAUAAAAAUACUAUUAAGAAGGACGAAUUUGAAUAUCUUUUUAUUAAAUUUCCAAAAAUGGCUAUAUUUUAUUAUUUGCCAAAAAUUCACAAGUCACUUAUUAAUCCUCCGGGGAGGCCAAUAAUUAGGGGCAUUGGCUCUUUGACUAGUAAUGUUUCAUAGUAUGUAGAUCAUUUUUUACAGAAAUAUGUUCCAAAAGCUCCCUCAUACAUUAAAGAUUCAAAUCAAAUUAUUAUAGAGGUAGAAGGCAUGGUGUGGAAAGAUAACUACAUCUGGGCCACGGUAGCCGUUUCAUCUUUGUAUACGUCGAUUGAUCAUGAGAAAGGUAUUGAGGCCAUUAAAGAAAUUUUGGGAAAGGAUAUAAAUAUGCAUGAAGCACAAGCCACUUUAAUUUUAGACAUCAUUCGUUUUAUCCUUUUUCAUAAUUUCUUUUGGUUUGAAGGUACAAACUUGUGGAACUGCAAUGGGCACCAGGUUCGCACCUAGUUAUGCAAAUAUUUUUGUGGCGGAUUGGGAAGCGAAGAAAAUUUGGAAUAAUAAUCCACUGGUGCGAACCUGGUGCUCUGGAGAAGAUAUAUCGAUGACGUCCUUAUUAUUUGGGAAGGGGAUAGGUCUCUUUUAGAAGAAUUUUUAUUAUACAUCAAUAAUAAUACUUAUGGAUUGCGUUUUACGGCUGAAAUUCAGACGGAGAGUAUCAAUUUUUUAGAUCUUUCUUUCUUUGUAUCAUCAGGAGUAGUUUGUAAUAAAACUUUUUUUAAGCCAACGGAUGGGAACAGCUUCAUAGAAUAUUCUAGCUGUCACCACCCUAAUUGGCUGAAUAAUAUACCGAAGGGACAACAAACGAGACUCCUUAGAAACUGCACUAACAAAAGUGAUUUUAAAGAACAGGUUAAAAUGUUAAAUAAAACAUUUGAAAAAAGACAUUAUCCAUCUCAACUUUUGAUUAAUUCAGAAAAACAGAUAGAAAACAAAGAUAGAAAUAAACUUUUAAAAAAUAAAAAGGUAUAAAAGAAAAACAAGAAGGAUUACAGUAUCUCCUUUCUAACUAGAUACAAUAAUAAAGCUCAUCUUGUAGAGAAAACUAUUAAGACAUUUUUGCCCAUUUUAAAACAAGAUCAAUUUUUUAAGAAUAUUUUACCAAGUAAACCCCAAAUUAUCUAUAAAAAUACCCAGAAUUUUACAUCUAUUUUAGUUCCAAGCGCUUUACCUCGUAUCAAACCCAUUAAAGAAGAAGCCACAUCGGGUAAUUUCCUUAAAGAAAAACCAAAAGGUUUUUUUAAAUGUGGGCAGUGCAGUACAUGUAAAUUCCAAAAACAGAAAACAGAAUUUACCUGCACUGCCACUAAAGAAGUUUUUAAAAUAAAAUUUUUUAUAAAUUGUCAGACAAAAAAUUUAAUUUAUUUACUUGAAUGUAAAUGUGGCAUUCAAUAUGUGGGUCGUACGAUAAGAAAACUCCAUAUUAGAAUCUUGGAACACUUUAAUGGGAUAAAAAGAGGAAACAUAAAACAUAGCGUUCCCAAACAUUGUAUAAAUUUCACCCAUUUUAGUUUCCAAGAUUUUAGAUGUAUAGGGAUAGAUACGAUAAUCCCACACUGGAGAGGGGGUGAUACGGAAAAAGCGCCAGCCAUGAAAGAAACAGAGUGGAUUCAUAGACUUAAAACCACUUUUCCAAGAGGUCUAAAUGUUGAUUUGGACUUAUUGGUGUUUAUGGACUGAAUUUUAUAAAUUAUUUAUAAAGAAUUUGGGUUUUUAGAAGUCCCCUUUAUUAAUUGGUUGUUUUAUUAUUAUAUUAUACAUUUUUCUUGUUUCCAUAGAAUUGGUAUUAACUUGCACCAAUUUUUACUAUUUUUUAUUAAUAAUUUAUUAAUUUUUUUAAUGAAUUAAUUUUUAAUGAACUAAUCUCUCAUUGAUUUAUGAAUUAUUUUAACAGAAUCUAAUGAUGUCUUCGCCAGGUCUCUCAUCCGAAUAAAAUGAUUAUCAGUUAUUUAUACAGUUUGUUAUAUACAAAUACCAGUUUUCUAUAUAGUCUGUUAUAUACAAAUAAAGUAUUGCAACAUUGUAUAAAACGUAAUAUUAUGUCUCUAUUACAUAUUUUUUCUAUAGUAUGCUCAAUCUUCCUUUCUAUAGUAUGUUUAAUUUCUCAUCUCUAACAGUAGAAUUCUAAAAUGUGAUGUACUUAAAAUGUUUUUUAUCUUGCUUUUAAAAUGUUUUGGUUUCCUUAAGAAAGAUGGUUUGCCAGUAUUCUAUGUAUGAACAUUAGAUCAUGUAUGAUGCACAAGUUUGAAGUGCCCACAUAUUAUUCCGUAAGACCAAGUGGUCCGGUACGGAAAUGUGUCUGCCGGCAUAAAGUAUCAAUAAAGUUGUUCUGCGUUUCAAGCUGGAUGUGCGAGCAUGCGCGGUAAAUUUUUACCGCAAUGCGCAUGCGCGCAGUACUGAAAGCAGCGCGAACUUGAUUAUUUAAAAAGCCGGAAGAAGAACAGAGACACACAGCUCUUGAAAAAGUCGAUCGGACGAAACGCGUCGAGCGGUCAAAAGUUUGCCAGUGUCCCUAGUAUCUUUGGAUCUUAUCCAGCCUCGAGUAAAUCAUCACUGGAAGUUAUUGGAACUUUUGAAAACCGGGAUCCUACUACAAGAGGGGACUUUAGCCCAGGAAAGGGCUGACAAGCUUUUUCAGCACAAUUAAGACAUAUGUUCUUGUUGUGCAACUACAUUUGUGAGUGCAUUUGUUUUUAUCAUUUUGUUUUGCUUGUUAUUAAAUACUUCACCAUAUAUAUUUUUGUUUUUAUCUCCUUAUAUGUAUACCCAUGAAUAUAACGUGGUAAAUAUAUUCACAUGUUUGUGAUUGUGGCGCCCCCGGUGGUAUAUGUUUUUAACUAUACGUAUUUGUUCGUAUUUUAUUGGGACUGGGAGUGAUCCCUAUUUUGGGGUGAUUAGCCUGCACUGUAUUUUGCACUUUUCCCCACUUACUGCCCCUCUCUUAUACAAUAACCACUAUUGCAUGCAGAUCCAUCAACGAAAAAAUGCAAUUCUUAAAGGGGUAGGUGAGUGGGACUACUUCACUAGCUUCACUACUUCUGCUGGCGUCUGGCUGCUCUUCGUAUCCUGCUGUGAUAGUGAGCAGGAUACGAAGAGCAGCCAGACGCCAGCAGAAGUAAUUCUUUCCUUCCCCCAUACGGCAUUCACGACCUGGGGACUAACGGACUGCCAGCACCUAAGAAUCAGAGUGAGGUUUGGCACGCACGCCAACCUCCCCAGCAGCCGGCAAGUAAAAUCAUUCCGUUCUGAUACAACAGUAUCCACUGUAAUCCUCAAUAGUUACUGUGUGUAUUAGGGAUCGACCGAUAUUGAUUUUUUAGCGCCGAUACCGAUACCGAUAUUCUGUGAACUUUCAUGCCGAUAGCCGAUAUAAUUUGCCGAUAUUCUGUACAUUUACCAUUUUGGAAAAUAAAAACUAUUUCUAAAGGUAAAUGCACAAAAUAUACAUGCCACAUGUAGUGGAUGCAGUGUGUUUAGACAGGGGAGCUGUGUGUGUUUGUGUAGUGUGUGUAGUGGAUGCAGCGUGUGUUUGUGUAGUGUGUGUUGAGGAUGCAAUGUGUUUGUGUAGUGGAUGCAGUGUGUAUUAGUGUAGUGUAUAUAAUGAAAGCAGAGUGUUUGUGUAGUGUGUGGGUAGUGUGCAUAAAGUGAAUGCUGUAUAUAGUAAAUUGCAAAGUGUGUAUUUGUGUAGUGUGUGUGUGUGUGUGUAUAGUGAAUGUAGUGUGUUUAUAUAAUGCAGAGUGUGUGUGUUUGUAUACUGUGUGUAUAUAAUGCAGUGUGUUUGUGUAGUGUGCAUUAUAUAAACACACUACACAAACACACUGCAUUAUAUACACAAACUAUGCAAACACACUGCAUUAUAUACACACACUACAUUAUAUACACACACAGCAUUAUAUAAACACACUACACAAACACACUGCAUUAUCACUACACUACAGUGUGUUUGUGUAGUGUGUGUAUAUAAUGCAGUGUUUGUGUGGUGUGUGUAUAUAAUACAGUGUGUGUGUAGUGUGUGUAUAUAAUGCAGUGCGUUUGUAUAGUGUGUGUAUAUAAUGCAGUGUGUAUUUGUGUGCAUUGUAUACACACACUAUACAAACACACUGCAUUAUAUACACACACUACACAAACACACUGCAUUAUAUACACACACUACACAAACACACUGUAGAGUAGUGAUAAUGCAGUGUGUUUGUGUAGUGUGUUUUAUAAUGCUGUGUGUGUAUAUAAUGUAGUGUGUGUAUAUAAUGCAGUGUGUUUGCAUAGUUUGUGUAUAUAAUGCAGUGUGUUUGUGUAGUGUGUUUAUAUAAUGCAGUGUGUGUUUGUGUAGUGUGUGUAUAUAAUGCAGUGUGUGUAUUUGUGUGCAUUGUAUACACACACACACACUAUACACACACUGCAUUAUAUACACAGUGUGUUUGUGUAGUGUAUGUGUAUAUAAUGGAGUGUGUGUGAGGGGGCAUUUUUUUAUUAAAUUAUUAUUAUUUUUUAGAUUUAAUUUUUUUGUUGCUGUCCCCCCUCCCUGCUUGUUACCUGGCCAGGGAAGGGGGAUAUGACAGUUCCUGGUGGUCCAGUGGUAUUGGCUGAGCUCUGGGGGGAGCAGGCAUCAAGCGCUUACUCACCUCCCAGCAGCUCCUCCAGCUCCCCAGUGCAACUCUCGCGGCCAGCGUGUCGCGCGGAGCGUUGCCACGGUGACCCAUGGCAACGCUCUGACGGCCGCGGGUCUCGCGAGAGUUGCACUGGGGAGCUGGAGGAGCUGCUGGGAGGUGAGUAAGCGCUUGCUCUCCGCCCCCCCCAGGACCGCCGGGCUUGUAAUGAGCCUGGGGGUCCUAGGAGGUAUUAUCGGCAAUAUCGGUAUCUGAAUUGGCCGAUACCGAUAUUGCCGAGAAUACCGAAUAUCGGCCGAUUAUAUCGGUAAAACCGAUAAUCGGUCGAUCCCUAGUGUGUAUAAAGUCAUCUGUGUAAUAUCUGCAUUGGCUAAAGACUUGCUGACCGUUCCUGGCUCCUAUUUUUUGUAUUUGUAUUUUAUUCCAUUUGGGAUUAUUCUUUUAUGAUUUUUGCAUUGUGAAUAAACUUUUAUAUCAUUAUUUUUUAUCAUUCAUCUUUUAAUAGUGUUUCUUAGAAAUUUCUAUUUUUUAUUUUUAUUUUUGCUUAUUUGUAUUUUAAGUGACUGUACUUUAAUAUUAAGUAUAGAGAUUAUGAAGUUUUAUAUAUCUCUUUACUGAAAGUCCAAUAUUGUUUUUGCACUAUUUAGUCUGCAAACAGAUCACUUAAAGCGAAACACACACUAUAUAUAACAGUGUGUAUAUUAAUAUCAAACAGAUAACCAGUUUUCAUAUGGUUAAUCUGUACUAAGUUACUGCUUUAUAUUAAGCAGAUUAUUUGGUGUGUAACAAAUAGAAUCUGCCUGUAGCAGAUUUAAAGGUAUACACACCAUACAUCCUGGUGAAAUUAUCAUCUAGUGUUCUAGAUAUUAACUUUAUUCAACUGUAUCAAUUAAGCCAUAUACAAGUGAAUUUGCUCCUGAACGCAUUACCUUGUAGGUAUUAUUGUUCUUUACAGUGCCUACAGGGUUUGUUUAGGACAGAGGCAGUUGUCCAAGUUCUGAGCCAAUAUAAAACCUAGGAUUUGCUCCACAUUUCAGGCUGAGUUUGUUACACAUAGGGACACUUCUGACCGGAUCAUUAAUAUCCGUAUAUUAAUGGAGGUGGUAUUAUAUAUGCAGAAAAACAUUGAGGCACAAAACAGAUAUAAAAAUUUUACACAAAAUAAAAAGCUCACUCACAAACUGUGAUAUACUACAAAUGCGCUUUGCCUUGACAGGCUGGCUAGUCCCACUGGCAGGGAUGUUGAUCCCGACUAGUACACCAAACAAAAAAAUUCAAUGAGAAUGCUUUCUAUACAAAUUUGCGUGAUCAUCAUCAUAUAUAUAUAUUUAUCUAUAUCAUUUAUUAUUAAAAAAUAAAAAAUAAUGGGUGAAAAUAAGUUUUUCACUGAUUUCACAAUUUUUAAGAUUAGGAAAAGUAAUUAAAAAUAAAUUAUGUGUAUUGAUUUAUCAAGUACAUAAUGUGUAGGAUUUGUGUUUAUUUUGAGAGUUACAGGUCGCAAAAUACAAGUACUAAUAUAGAAUUUUAAUGUGAAAAAACUUUAGAAGUUAGUAUGUUUGUCUUAUAAGUUUAAUAGCCAUCACAGAAAACAAAAUUGCCAUACAAAAAUAUAUAUUACUACAGGGCUCAACAGGUCGCCAUGGCACCUAGGAAUUUGGCAUUGGCGUCUGUGAUCUGUGAGCCCGGCAGGCAGGAGGCGGGCGGCAAGUUGGGUGCUUGUGGAGGCAGGCGGCUAGCUGCGCGAAUAGUAGGUGGGGGGUGAGGGAGCUGUGAUGUCCUUGCUCUGCUCCCUCGCCCUCACACACUGGACAGGAAAUGAAGGGCCACCAGGUGCAGGCAACAUAGGAAAAAUUUAAAAAAUAUGGUGUGAGCGCUCCUAACAACAAAAGGCAGGCUACAUAGCAACAGCAAUGGAGGCAAGAUGUGUGUCAGAGAAUGUAUUAGUUUGCUUUAGUCAGUAUGUUUGUGUAUUUCAGUCUGUCUGUCAUGGUAUAUGUGUGUGUGCGUGUCUGUCAUGGUUUAGGUUACCAGACCCCUUCCAUUUGCAAAGGAAUGGUGUUUUUACUCACUUUUUUUUUUUUUUUUUUUUCACGCCACGUGUGGCCCUGCCUUUGUCUAUAGAAUUGACAGCAAAACAUUGCACCAAUCAGCCUCUCCUUAUAGAGAUGCAUUGAAUAAAUGCAUCUCUUUGGGCAACAUUCAGCACCUCUAUGCAGAGCAUGGAGACGCUGAAUGUAGGUGCUGCACACUGUGAGUGAGGGUCACUAGAGGUGUCACUAGGAAGCAAUGUAAACACUGAAAAGCAUGCAGGUACAGGCUACAGACGCCAGAACCACUAUUGUGGCCCUGGUGACUAUCGUGCCCCUUUAAGAAUUGUAUUUUUGUCGUUCAAUAGAAUGCUGUGUAAUUUUAUUUUAUUUUUUAAAUCUGGCUCCUAACUUUUUUAGCUGCUCCUAGAAUCAAAUUUGUAUUUUGUAAAGCUUGUGUGUGUUGUUCCUGUAAAAAACAUAUAUUGUGUUCAGCUGCAUCUGCUCAACACAAUACACACUAUUCUGUGAAGCUACAAUGCCAAGCUUUUUCAUAGUUCGAAUUUUCAUAGAUGGAUUUGAUGGUCCCAUGUCUAAUUUUUGAAUAACCUCACAAAGGCCUUCCAUUUGAGAAAGCAGACACUUCAGACAUCUUAUUUAGAGACCUUAAGUUGCAGCCAUUUUUUCACCAAUUUAUGUAAAAUUUUGUGUAGAGAAAAAAAAAAGGCUUUUUUUUUUUUUUUUACAAACAUGUUGCAUUUUUGUUGGGUAUUUCGCACAUGUGCCAGUGUCAUAAAAUUAUUCUCAGUUACCUCAUCCGAGUAAAUCAGUAUGCCCAAUGUUGUCUAUGUCCAUGACAUAGACACUCUUUUGUGAAGAUACAGUGCUGUAAAAGAGACGUGUCCAUUUCAGAUUUUUAAGUGUAAAUUUUCAUAGAUGUUUUCAUAGGUCAGUGUUCUAUUUUGAAGUAUGUUAGCAGGCUGCUUAUUCCAACUACCCCACAAAGGCAUACAACUUCUUAAAGAAGACAACCCAGGGUAUUUCAAAAAGCAUACUUUGAACCUUAGCGUUAAACAAUUUGUACAAAAAAAUUGUACCAAGUGUAGUGGUAUUUAGCAUUUUCUUUCUGCCUUUUUGACACACACAGUGUGUUUUGUACUGCAUAUUUUGCAAAUCUGAUUCAUUCGCAAGCAUGUCAAACUCAAAGGCUUGCACGGGCUGAAUAAACAAGGUUUAAAGGAUCACUAUAGUGACCCUAUAGUGUUAAAACCAGCAUCUAGCCACGCUGGGCCCUUCAUGCCUCCAUAAAUAUAGCAACAUCUUACUGCAUUCAAGCCAGAAGCUGUAGAUCUGCAUGCUGUUUGCCUCAAAAAAACAAACAGUCUGACAUCAUCAGAAGUGGUGGCCUGAUCAAAUCACAAUGUUUCCCCAUAGGAUUGGCUGAGACUGACAAAGAGGCAGAUCAGGGUCAGAGCCAGCAUGAUUCAAACACAGCCCUGGCCAAUCAGCAUCUCCUCAUAGAGAUGAAUUGAAUCAAUGAAUCUCUAUGAGGAAAGUUCAGUGUCUGCAUGCAGAGGGUGGAGACACUGAAUGUUUGGAUGCAUUUUAGGCAGCCAUGACCCAGGAAGGAUCUCUAACCGCUAUCUGAGGAGUGGCCAGUGACGUUAUCACUAGGCUGUAAUGUAAACACUGCAUUUUCUCUGAAAAUACAGUGUUUACAGCAAAAGGCGUGAAGGUUAUGAUUCUACUCACCAGAACAAAUUCAAUAAGCUGUAGUUGUUCUGGUGACUAUAGCGUACCUUUAAGUUUGUGUUUUUUUUGCGACCCACAAACUUAAAUUUUCAUAGUAGGUUUAUUUUGUAAAGCACAAUAUUAAAAAAAAUAAAUAAAAAAAAAAAAGCCACCCUCGUCUAUACUAAACCCCAGCACCCAGGUCUUGGGAGAUUUGCUUGUCGAUUGGGGGAUAUUUCAAUCGUUUUUCUCCGUUUGCAGCUCGGAGCUCCCUUUGCUUGCCUCCGUUCGCUUCUGCGUUUAAGCUCUGCCUCCAAACAAAGUGUUUUUUGUUUGUUUUUUAAAGUGUCACUCCAGCGCAACACAACAUCACAUCACAAGCUGCCACAUUAUCUGAAAAACGUUUGACUGACUGAUCCUGCCACAAUGAACCCCAAGUGAAUAGCUGCCACAUUUCAAAGAGAGCUGAGGAAGGUAGGUUAGUAGCCUCUACCGGCCAAUAAUCCAUAAACUACCUGUCCCCAUAAAUGACAGCAAAGCCUGUAUGAGCAGCUGCAUCAGUCGAGAUGACCGGAGAAUCAUCAGACAAUGGACAAACCAAUUGUCCAAGAACUCUUGCCACAUAAGUAAAUCUGCUCUGGCAUUUUGAUUAAGAGAGAUCAUGCUGUAAUUGUCUGCGUCAUAAUAGCCUAGAAAUAAAGGAACGGCCUGAGGAGUGAUCCUCAUGGCAAAGUUUAACGUGCCUAAUAAAGAUUGUAACUCUCUCUGCAAAAAGUUCCCAGACUGAGGAAUUUGUGAAAAUUGUCCUUGAUUCUCAGGAGCUUGUCUACAGGGAUGGUGGCUUCUAAUAACACAGAAUCCAAUUGUAUUACUAGAAAAACCAAGCAGGUGGUAGGACCAGCAGUCUUGUCCAGUGACAGAGGAACCUCUAGACAAGAAAACAGUACUUGUGCGCUGUUAAGGCUUUGUGGAACAUUGGUCCCAUCCUCAACGGUCAAGAAAUAAUAUAGGUAAUGGAUCACACCUGGACACUUCACGACAUUGAGGAGGAGCAAAGACAUGAAAGAACAUUGGGCUGCUCUUAGCCUCAAAGGUUAACCUGGUUGCAAAGUAAUACUUUUUUUUUAUGCUGUGCAGAUGCCACAAUGAAAUAAUGAUGGGUAUCAGCUUAAAAGUGUUUUUUAAGAUCCGUCUUACCAAGCCAUGCAGCUUUACCCAUCUUCAGUAUAGGUAAUAUAGCUUUGUCUACGAAGGCAUGGAGAGAAGAUUCAUGGGAAGGAAUUCUAGGGAUAGCAGAAGAAUGCGGAGCAGAGAGGUGAAAUUGUCAUUCUUUUUUUUAUUCGUGAAUUUUCUUGUAGCAAUACCAAUGGGUUAGUAUGCCAGUCUGCAAACGUGUGGGUGGAGAAAGGGCCUAUCAUAAAACCUUGGCUAGUUUCUUGCUGAAUGAGAAGAUCUACCGUGCUGGCUUUGAGCAAUGGGAACUGCAAGUUGUGACAUUCAAGUGAGCCUGAGGGAAGUGUGACGAUGCCAAUGUGAAACCCUUGUAAAAAAAAACUGUGAGGAAGGGGUUAUUCUUUAACUGAAAUGCCAGGUUGUCAAUAUUAAGCAAAGUAAGUCAUUUUUGGGGGGAACAACCUAUUUGGCCACAUUGACCUAGCGUGAGCUUGGAAACAAAAGGAGACAUGCAACAGAUGACAAAUUCUUAAUCCACAACUGCCCGCAUUGAAGUUAUUGCAAAUGUGCGCCUUUCCGAGGAACACACUAGGUCUGCCUAACUUAUCUUUCAGCCCCUGUUGUUCAGAUUUGGAGCUUCCAGAUAACGCCUGACUUGUGGUUGGAAAGUCUGCUUCACUGGGGCAAAAAAUUGUUAGCGUGAGAAAUAGACGCACAAAUGGCGCAUGACGAGAGUCUGAGGCCUGCAAAGUGGCGGCAUCUAGUUCGGUAUCUAGCUGGGUCCAGUCCGAAUGAACGUUGAACUGGGCCAAUGCUGCCGCUGCUUUAGCAGAGAACGGUUAAUGAUAGUCAUAGAACGUGUGCCCACUGUAUUUAUGCCCCAAGUCUACCAAUUUGUGAAAGUACAAGUCCAUCUUUUCUCUAUGGUGAGGGUGUUGUGAACAAAUUACGUCCCUAUACAGUACAAACGCUAAGACGAAUUCUGGGAUGGACAAAUUUUUGUUUAACCGUGGGUCUCUGGCCUUGAGAACGAGGACCUUAUUGAGAACAAAUGACACAGUUUAUAUCUUUUCCAUCCAGAAUGUCUUCAUGUAGGGUAGGGGCACCAGGUUUAAUGUGAGUGGUGGUAGAUGUGGAGGGAGUGGUCAAAGCAAAAUUACCCUGAGUGCUUGGGAGGGGAAGAGGUACAAUGGUAGACGAAGGGGUUCAAGUGUUUGAUUAAAGUCAGGAGAAAUUAUAUCAUAGUAUGCAUCUCUAUCAAGUUCUCAGAUGUUGACGUGAGAGCUGGAACCUGGUCGGGCUGAGCUGACAACAAAUGAUACAGCUCUGCCUUCCUGGCUGUAGCUGGGAAAGGGAUGCCUAGUCUAUGAAGCUCAGCUGAUAUUUUCGGGAUGGUCCACGAGCGUAGUGAACUAGGGGUAGCGGGGUCUUAAACCUUCGCUGGAAAAGUAGGUCUGAUGGGGAGCCCAUCAUAGGGAUGGAGUCCGGGAGACCCAGAUUUUCACCAAUAUUGGAAGCCUGUGACAUACUGUGUAAAGGAAUAAUUGUACUGGUACCUAAAAGGAAAUAACUUGCUGGGAUAGAACUGGAACUGGUUCAAGUGUUUGAUUAAAGUCAGGAGAAAUUAUAUCAUAGUAUGCAUCUCUAUCAAGUUCUCUGAUUUUCACGUGAGAGCUGGAACCUGGUGCCGGGCUGAGCUGACAACAAAUGAUACCGCUCUGCCUUCCUGGCUGUAGCUGGGAAAGGGAUGCCUAGUCUAUGAAGCUCAGCUGAUCUUUUCGGGAUGGUCCACGAGCGUAGUGGUCUUAAACCUUCGCUGGAGAAGUAGGUCUGACUGGGGAGCCCAUCAUAGGGGUGGAGUGCGGGAGACCCAGAUUUUCUCCAAUAUUGGAAGUCUGUGACAUACUGUGUAAAGGAAUAAUUUUCAUGGUACCUAAAAGGAAAUAACUCGCUGGGAUAGAACUGGCCUGCUAACCGAAUGCUGUAGGCAGAGCAAAUAACUAAGCGGGAGAAGAUAAGGCCCUGCUAAGUCCCAAGCGGUAGUGAGAGACAUUAGCUAUGAACUGGCUAAGGGGCGAAAACCUCAAGCCUGGUGGUGGGGUGUAGGCCUUUCGGUGACGGUACAAGAUUCAAACAGAUGGCCUUGAUGAGUGAGGCCCUUUCUUAGUCGGGUUCAUCAAGGCGCUAACUAUGAAGUGGGGCGGUGGGCGAAACCUCCGUGUUGAGGUAUGGUGAUCAAGUGCCUUGAUUUGACCAAAGCCAGUUCCGUUAAACUGUGGGGAUCUUUAUGGGAUAAUAAUAGUAAACAGUGAGAAUUGCCCACUAAUUCACUUCUCAGAUCCCAAAGAUCGUUAUCGUAAGUGAAAAGUAUAUCAUAUAAAUAAAAUCACAAUUUUAUAAAAAUAGAUUUUUAUUUUAUAAUAACAAUUAACAAAUAAUAUUAUGUAACAUGCGUGAUCAAUCAAUGAAUAUCCAGUAUAAAAUGGUAUGCAAUACAAAGGAAUGGCUAUACACGUUUCAAUGGUUAAACAGCAUUUUCUGUCAAGACUUACAUGAUUUAUGACUAUCUUUCACAGAGACUGAAAGUGAAGCUUUUCACAACGAAGGGCCAUAAAACCCUGGCUAACAGAAUAACCCUUUCAAUGCUGGCUAGACCUCCUAGGUAAUUAAGAUCUAUUCUUAUGUAAUUUUAAAUAAAACAACAUUUAAACCAGUUCAUUAGUCAUUUCCUGGAACCAUCCAAUAAGAGAAUCUACCAUAUUUUAUAAGCAGAUUUUAAUUCGCCUAAAAAGAUAUCUUAUUUUAGAGCAAAUCAAUACACCUGGAUAAAAACAGCGGUAUGCUAACACGUGAUAAUAUCACAUCAAUAUAUAAUUAUUCUUAAUUCCACCUGCAGAAUGGAAUGUUUAUAACUAUAUAUUCUUUAGUUAACUAAGAUUUCUUAAAUAUGGAAAUCUGACCGUGAUUUAUCCAGUCAUAUAUCAUGCUAUUAGUUCAUUUUGAUUAAUUUAAUUAAUUAAAUGAAACCAGUAUAAUUACCAGUUGAGUAGAUAUUUCCUCAGAUUGGUAGGUAGUCUCAGGAACUUAUUUGGAUGUCUCUCUGCAUGGAGGUGUGUAGGAAUUUCUGAGUGUCCUAGAGUGGAUAUCUGUCAUAGGCCUCUCUGCAUUGCUUCCGACUGCUUACUUCUUUGCUUUCUUUGCAUACCCUUCUAUCCUUCUCUACCUAUUCUCUUUGUCUUAACUUUUAAAGGGCCAGACUCUCUGUACGUCAUCAGUUGAUAACCCAAUAGAAGCACUAGAGGUGUGCUUACCUAGGGAUCGCAAUUUAGGUAUUUGGUCUAUAGAGGGCAGUCUUGUCCCACUAAACAUACCUAUCCAGGAAAGAGUUAACUUUUCUUGGUGGCUAUUUUGACGUCAUUUUGCUUUAUCUUUAUAGUGGCCAUAACUUGACUCCAGAAAGAAAAAAGACUGUUUAGAGACCUGGAAAUCAGAAGGAUAAAAAUAUAGAUGUGUGUAAGAGGCAACAGAUUGAGAAGCAAACUGUGAUCCAAGGAAAGGGUUGUAGAAAAUAUGUGUAUGAAGAAAAUAGGGUCAGAGAGACUAUUUAGUAUAGAUCAACUGAGAGGAUAAUCAGUUGCUGAUGUGAUGUAGAAGUGGCCAGGAACAUGAGGUAACAGGAGCGUGAUGUUAAGUGAGGGAAAGGAAAUUAGAAGAACAAUAAGCUACUUGUGCGAAGGGGACGAUAUGGGGUAGGGUGAGAAAAAUGUUAAGAAGGGAACUAGGAAACUAGAGGGUGUUAUAAUUUUAUAAAUUGUUUCUUUCAUCUGCAUGAGGAUGCCAUGGAUGAUGCAACUAGUAAUGUCAUUAAUGAUGUCAUUAAUGAUGUCACUAAUCAUUUAAUUGUCUGUCGUAUGGUGUAAUCAGUGAUGUCUGAUCAUUUAAACGUGUGUCUACACGUGUAUCAUAUUUUUUAUAUAAAUUUUGCUUAUUUAUUUCCAGGUUACAACAUUUGGUCCAGGUUGUGUCCAGAAGAGCCUUUUCAUCUCUGAUUUAUCAUGUCUGUCAAAUUUGGCCAACAUCUCAUCAAGCAAUCUGUUAUUUUUCUGAAGACUGCAUUCUCUUUUGCAUUGGUAAAUAGAAAGCCUGUGGUACCAGGGCAUGUGUUGGUUUGUCCAAUAAGAGCUACAAAACGCUUCAGAGAUCUCAGCCCUGAAGAAGUUAGUGAUCUUUUCCUUACAGUCCAAAAAGUAGCUAAUGUAGUAGAAUGCCAUUUUGGUGGUACGGCUAUCACUAUUUCCCUUCAGGAUGGGCCAGAAGCAGGACAAACUGUUCAUCAUGUUCAUGUGCACAUUUUGCCUAGGAGAGUUGGAGACUUUGAAAGAAAUGACCAGAUAUAUGAAGAACUACAAAAGCAUGAUAAAGAAAGAAAGGACUGUUUAGAGGUAUGGCGAUCAGAACAAGAGAUGGAAACAGAGGCAGCUGCACUCAGAAAAUAUUUUUAGCAUUACAAUGGUACUGAACUGGACAUUGUAAUAAAAACACGUUGUGUCGGUAUAAAUAUGUAUGCAAUAUCUUUUAAUUAAA